GGCAAAAAGCUUGGAACCGCGUACACUAAAAUCCAAAAAUUCUCUGAAAAUAGUUUCUCGUGACACCUUAAAACGUUGCAAAUCGAUAGUUAAGCACCCGGAGACGAAAAUCACAACAACAAACGUUUUGGUUGAAUUUCGAGCGAAAAUGUCGCCUGGCGUGGAUUGGAAUGGCGAGUUUGACCGAAAUGGGCGUCAAGAGUUCCUGAAACACGUGAAGCAAUUGCUGCGAGACGACGCGCAUUUCCUCUACGACAAAUCGGAUCAGCGGGAAGGCGGCGUUUCGCGAUGCAUCUAUCAAUUGGUGUCGGCUUGCACGAAGCGUCAGAUAAAAUUGGAUGCCGCCUUGAACAUUCUCACAGAGCUGGCGUACUUGAAUCACGACAUGCCGAGCGUAAUUCUCGAUGUUUUUGGGAUUUUGGAUGCUGAAACGUCACUCCAAACGGAUACCGACGAGAGACAUUUGUUCUGCCAGAUCGUGAAGGAAGCGGAAAAUGUCUUGAGCGAAAAUUUGCUGAAAGAGCGCAUGGAGAUCGAUACUUUGCAAGAUGUGGGCACCGUGAAAAAUCGUCAAUUCUAUACGCGCUUCAUCAAGGUCAAGACAAAAUUGUAUUACAAACAGCGCCGUUUCAACUUGUUCCGCGAGGAGAGCGAAGGCUAUGCCAAACUCAUCACAGAGCUGAAUCAGGAAGCAAACGAGCAAUUUACGGUCCAAAAUGCCUUGGAAAUCAUCAAAUCUCUCAUCGGCUGUUUCAAUUUAGACCCAAAUCGCGUCCUCGACAUCAUCAUUGAAUCUUUCGAGAUGCACCCGAACAACUACAAACUCUUCACGCCCCUUUUGCAGAACUACGUGAACGACGGAAACACCGUUUGCGAGGUCCUCGGAUACAAAUAUCGCCAUUUUUCCGAUUCCAAGACGCCUGAUUCGCUUUUCAAGGUCACCGCAUUGCUCCUACAGCACGGCGUCUUCGAGUUAGACUCGAUUUACUCCUGGCUUGGGCCCGAUGACGCCAAAUUAUCGACAGAAUGGAAGCAGGAAAUGACCGAGGCGAAAGAAUACGUGCGAAAAUUGAACAUUGUGUCGAUUAACAAGGAAAAAGAAGCUGAACCGGAUGAGGAAAAGUUCACAAAUACCGAUAAAUACGCGCAAAAUCAAAAAUGGCGCUUGUGUGAAGCCCUUUUGGACAUUGGUGACUACGAAAAUGCCUUGAAAUUGAUGAAAAAGCUGCCGGAUCACUCGGUUAUGGUCAAUGAGCCCAUCGCUAAAGCACUUGCGAAGCUAAUUAACAUCGUAAUUGAGCCAAUUUACCGUUUAAAGUGCUCCAUCGUGCCGAAUGUGCAAAGUAGACGUGCGCCAGGCGAUCAUUUAAUCCAAUUGCCACUCGUGACGUCAGUUUCCAAGUUAAAACAACACGCAUUCCCGAUGUUUAUCGCCCUUGGACCAUCAUUACACUACGAUCCGAUCCUCUUGCACAAGUUAAUUCGCUUGAUGACCGUCAUUUUGAACGACAUGAAUGUCGAUAGCAGUGUGGGACCUCCUUUUAGCGAUGCCGAGAACGAAUCUUUGUACUAUGACAUCCUCACGCUACUUGAUGUCGCUGUUUUGCCCGCGCUUUCGUACAUGGACUGCAAUUGUUGUCUCGCCGAGGAGAUUUGGGACGUCGUAAAAUUAUUUCCCUACCAAUUUCGGUACAGCUUAUAUGGGCGCUGGAAGAACGACACGUUCCAAAUUCACCCGAAACUCAUCCGGAGACGCGGUUUGGCGCAAAAACAAAUAAAAGCCAUCAUGAAACGCGUUUCCAAGGAAAAUGUGAAGCCCGUGGCGCGUCAAAUUGGAAAAUUAUCACAUUGCUCUCCCGGAUUUUUGUUCGAAUAUAUUUUGUUGCAGAUCCAAAUUUAUGACAAUUUAAUAGGGCCCGUUGUGGAUUCCUUAAAAUACCUGUCGUCGCUCAGUUUUGACGUCCUCGGAUACUGUUUGACUGAAACUUUGGCGCAGGCGGAUCGUGCAAGGCUUGAAAAUGAUGGGACAAGUCUCUCGUUGUGGCUUCAGAGUUUGGCGAGUUUUUGCGGAGCGAUUUUCAAAAAGUACAAUAUCGAGCUUAAUGGACUCUUGCAGUACGUGGCGAACCAGUUGAAAGGGCAAAAAUCCCUGGAUUUGCUCAUUUUGAAGGAAAUUGUGCAAAAAAUGACCGGGAUUGAAGCGGCAGAGGAAAUGACAGUUGAUCAAGUUCGAGCCAUGUGCGGAGGCGAAAUUUUACGUGGAGAAGCCGGGUACUUUGCGCAAGUGCGGAAUACGAAAAAAUCAUCGCAGCGACUCAAAGAUGCGUUAGCAAGUAAUGACCUCGCCGUUGCCCUGGCCUUGUUGAUUGCGCAACAGAAACACUGCGUAAUUUAUCGCGAAACGACCCACAGUCACUUGAAGCUCGUCGGGAAGCUUUAUGAUCAGUGUCAAGAUACGCUCGUGCAAUUUGGGACAUUUUUGGGGUCAAAUUACUCCGUGGAAGAGUAUAUCGAACGUUUGCCGUCGAUUCAUGCGAUGCUCCAAGAAUAUCACAUCCAUGCCGAUGUCGCCUUUUUCCUCGCGAGACCCAUGUUUGCCCAUGCCAUCAACCAAAAAUACGAUCAGCUGCGGAAAAGUGACCCAAAUGCGAAAAAACUCACCACGGCGCAAAAAUUAUCGAAAUAUUUGGAAGCAACGCAGGCAGUUAUGGCACCUGUUGUUGCCUCAGUGCAUCCAUUGCACACGCCAAAAGUGUGGGAAGACAUCAGUCCGCAAUUUUUGUGCACUUUUUGGUCUCUCAGCAUGUACGAUUUGCAAGUCCCGGGCGAUGCGUACACCAAAGAGAUCCAAAAACUCAAGUUACAGUCACUUGCGAUCAUGGACAACAAAGAUUCGAAUGCCUCGAAGAACAAAAAGGAGCAGGAACGGUUCAUCGCUCUCAUGGAAAAGCUCUCGGACGAGCGAAAGAAGCAACAAGAACACGUCGACAAGAUCUUGCAUCGCUUAAAUCACGAAAAAGACACUUGGUUUCCGUCGCGGUCCUUUAAAUCCGCCAAAAAUGAGACAAUAACGCAAUUUUUGCAACUUUGUCUCUUUCCGCGAUGCAGUUUUACGGCUCUCGAUGCGCUUUAUUGCGCCAAAUUCGUGCAAAUUAUCCACAGUUUGAAGACAACGAAUUUUUCGACGUUACUUUGUUACGACAGAAUUUUUUGCGACAUCACUUUUAGCGUGACUUCGUGCACGGAGAACGAAGCAACGCGUUACGGGAGAUUCCUCUGUGCGAUGCUCGAAACAAUUAUGCGAUGGCACAUGGAUGAGGCGACGUUCAAUAAGGAAUGUUCGUUGUAUCCGGGUUUUGUGACGAAAUUUCGAGUUAGUAAUCAGUUUUCGGAGGCGAAUGAUCACGUGGGCUACGAGAAUUAUCGACAUGUGUGUCAUAAGUGGCAUUAUAAGAUAACAAAGUCGUUAGUUUUUUGUCUGGAUUCGAAGGAUUACAUGCAGAUAAGGAAUUCGUUGAUUAUUUUGAUGAAAAUUUUGCCACAUUUUCCCGUUUUGAGUAAAUUAUCACAAAUUAUUGAGAAGAAAGUGGAGAAGGUUCGUGAAGAAGAAAAGAACAAACGACAAGAUUUAUUCAUCCUUGCCUCAAGCUACAUUGGACAACUCAAAGCGAAAUCCAGCCAAAUGAUGCGCGAAAGUGAUUUCCAUCAAGUUGCCGAGAAACCACAAGCUCAAAAAACCGCCGAAGAAACCGCCGCAAAAGUGUCUGAACAAAAAUCCGCUCCGCUUGUCGUGAAAAAAGAGGAACCGCAACCCACGCCAGUCCCCUUAAAAGAAUCAAAAUCCUCUGAGAAAAAAAUCAUCCGCAUUUCCAAGCCGCAAGAAGCCACACCCGACGUCGUUGUCAUCGAACCGCAUCGCGAACGCGACAAAGAAUCGCGUCACGAUCGCGACGAAGCAAGUUCGCGCGAAGCCAGUGUCGCGAGCAACGUUAGCGCCAAACAUUCGAGCAAAGAUCUAAAACGCGCGGAAAAAGCGCGCGAAAAGGAACGCGAAGACGAGUUACGGAAACGCGACAAGGAACGCAGAAAAAAUAAACGAGCAACGAGUCCGUCGAAUUACGACUCGAACUACUAUCGCAACGAUCCGGAUGUCGCCAUUUACGAAGAACGCACGGAACGCGGCCGAGAUCGCGAACGAAACAACGAUAAUCGGCAAGAACGCGACUUGAGCAGCGUCAGUAAUUCCAGUCAAGGCUCGAUCCCACCGAGAGCACGCAGCAUGGAGCCGCCCGAGCAAAUUCCGGAGCUUCGUGAAUCGAAGAGACGCAAAAUCGAGGUUGUGAGUUCGAAGAAGGGCAGUUUGUCGCAAGGCAGUGUGAUACAAAUCCCGUCGUCGGAGGGCAAUGGCAAGCGCGAAAAGUCCGCAAAAACCGCAAAGAGAGACAAGUCUGACGAGGCGAAGGAGUUGCGACGCGAAAAGAAACGUUCGCGCAAAGACGACGAAGUUGUGGUGGUCGAGAAACGUUCACGGAACAAAAAUGACGACGAGAAGCAGCACAAAAAUGGCGCCGAAAGCCCGUCGAGAGGAAGCAAACAUCGGUAUGAGACACGAGAAAUGUCGCCGGAUGAUCGUUACGAACACGAGACACGCAGCGAGAAGACCUACAAGAGCAGAACUCGAUCCGGAUAUUAAAUUGCCAUACCUCAAAAGAGACGAGAGUUCUCGCAAAUUUAUCAUUUUUCUACGAGAAAAUCCGUGAAAAUAAAUAAAAUUAGAUUUCUACUCUUAAAACGAUAAUUUUUAGUCGUUCUUUAUCUUUAACUUUAGUUCGUAUCAUUUACAAAAAAAAAAAUUAAAAAAAUAACAAAAAUGUUAGAAAUAAAGAAGAAAUAUAAC